AAUGAGUCCCAAACACGUCAUCUACAAGAAACUCUCCAGAGACAAAUCUGUGGGCGUUUACAUGGGGAAACGGGAUUUCGUGGAUCACUGCGAUUUCGUUGAUCCUGUUGACGGUGUUGUGCUGAUCGACCCCGAGCAGGUGACAGGAAAGAAAGUCUACGUCAUGCUGUCCUGUACGUUCCGGUACGGUCGGGAUGAUAUGGAUGUGUUGGGGAUGGCGUUUCGCAGGGAUAUCUUCCUGUGCUCUCGACAGGUCUAUCCUCCUCUGCAGGACAAGGAACGCAGCGUUCACACAAAAGUACAGGAGAAGAUCCUGCGCAAACUCGGGGACAACGCAUACCCCUUCUUCUUUGAGUUUCCAGAUAACCUGCCGUGUUCAGUGUGUCUGCAUCCGGGGCCCACAGAUGUAGGAAAGCGUUGUGCAGUUGAGUUUGAGGUGAAGGCGUUUUGUGCAGAAAAUCAAGAUGAAAAAGCCCAAAAGAGGAGCUCGGUCCGGUUGGCCAUCAGAAAGAUCCAGUACGCUCCAGACAAAAGCGGCGCGGCUCCAUCGGCUGAAACCACCUGUGAAUUCAUCAUGUCUGAUAAACCGCUGCACAUGCGUGUCAGUCUGGAGAAAGAGACGUAUUACCAUGGAGAGGAGAUCAACAUCAGCGUGGACAUCGGCAACAGCUCCAACAGGAACAUGAAGGACUUGUCCGUCUCAGUGGAGCAGGUCACGAAUGUGGUGCUUUACUCAAAUGAUAAGUACAUCAAAACUGUGGCCUAUGAGGAAACCACGGACACUGUGCCGUCUGGUACGAGUCUGAAGAAGGUUUACACCCUCUGUCCUCUACUGGACAAUAACCGUGAGAGACUGGGACUCGCUCUGGAUGGAAAACUAAAGCAUGAGGACACUAACCUGGCCUCCUCCAGCAUUGUAAAGGAUGAAGUGCUGAAGGAGAUUCUGGGAAUGUUGGUGGCUUAUAAGGUGGUGGUGAAGUGUAAUGCAGCCGGCAUCGUUGGAUCCAGUGAGGUUGCUGUGGAGGUUCCCUUCAAACUCAUGCAUCCCAAACCUGAUCCAGAGAGUGAAGACACAACUGACCUGGUGUUCGAGGAGUUUAAACGCUCCUAUCUGAAAGGAGUCAUCGGCGACGAUGAUGAAUCUCCGGCUGAGCCUUGAGAGCCUUCUACAUGAAGGAAGACUUGCGUGCGUAUAAAGAUUCAUAAGCAUUUACGGAUGCUUGUUGAGAUUGUGUAGAUGUUGUGAUGUGCACUAAUGUAGGAACUUCUAAGCCAGGUGAGAAAAAACAAUAGGCCAAAUCAGCAUUUAUGCUGCAGUCUCCAUAUAUUCACUGCAAAUAAUUAUGUAUAUUGCAGUAAACCUGAUAAACCCUCAUAAGAACCUAAAAAAGUUCUCCUAAAAUUCAUGAAAUCAUUAUUCCAAGUGUGAACUUAGUUUAAAAGGCUGCUUCUUCGAAUACUGAAAUUAUAACUCUAGAGAUUUCAGUAAGGAUAAACUGAUAUAUAGUACAUUUAUCACAAAUGGAUGUGUUGCAUAGAAAAUUAGAGGCAAAUUCUGUUGUUAUUUGCUCUGUAAAUGCUUUGAAAUCAAAUAAAACACUUUGUGAUGGCAAAACAUCUGGGUUUACAUGAU